AUGGAGAUCGAAGCACAGGGUGCAACGAUCACAGAUACUGCGGAGGCUUGUCUUUUGUCUUUCAACAAGUGCCUCGAUCUUUUCGCCGUUCUUCCUCCUCAGCAGCGGUCGGCCGUUGAGGAUCAGUUAGGGAGAUUCUUGAUAAUUGACGUUUUUGCGUCCUACAGAGCUUCCCUUGACUAUCGCCUUCGAGGUGUGGCUGAUGUCCAGCAACUCGUACGCGGACUGCUUCGUACUUUGAAUGAACAUAUCCAAGAAUAUUUAGCACACCUGGACCAUUUGGGUCUAACUAGAGAAAGCGCCGACAAGAUUGAAGAUAACAGGCUCGGCGUCGUGGUUGAUAAUAUAGCCGGGGAAAUCAACUUGCUACAUCAGCUAUCCAAUACUAUCCGCAAGGCCAGUAAUGAAAAAAACAAUCUGAAAUCUGCCACUUCUUUCGUGAUUAGCGACGAGGAUGGCAAUGACAUUGGACCGGCAUUUGUGAACCUCUUUGCAAUGGAGAUCAUCCGACGAAGAUUUCCCGACUGUGACGAGAAGAUUAAGAAACGACUGGCAGAUGCAAUGUUGCUCCGUCGGAAGCGGAUUCUCUAUCGAAGCUCACGUUAUGGAAAAAUUCCAACGAGAAACGCCGCAUUUUCUCCGCAGAAACUUGUACCAAACGCCCGAAAGGACCUAGAUGGCAUCCAAAAUACAUCGAGGCCGGUGGGAGAUAUGCAUCCUGGUCGUUCUUGCUCAAAGACACAGAAUCAUACACCAAGCACGGCUGGGUCAAGGGCAAUCACUGCAACUACUCUUAACAUGGAGCACUGGAAUAACGUGUCCACCCCGUCGGUUGUUGGCACAACAAGAACUAUCAAGCUUGGCGAUUAUGAACGCCUUGAGUUCCCACCAGCACCGAAGGGGCCUAUAAUAAAGAAGCUAAAGGAACUUGAGGAAACGCGUCUCAUAAGGGAUGAAGAAUGCCUGAAGUCAUUGCCAAACUAUUGCCUCUAUGUCGAACACGACGGCCAAACUGUCUUAGAAGAUGCACUCGCUACAUUACGAAGCAAUAUAUCAGACUUGGAAGUUGAACUACAGGCCGAAAUUGAAAAUGACCAGAUAACAUGCUGUCGUGAAAGUAUGGAGGGGGCUUGCCCUUAUUGCUGUUGUGUGCUGUCCGGCGAGACGGUGAUGAAUCAUCAUUUAUGGGUAGACCACGUUAAACAUGAUCUCGACCCAUACGUGUGUCUAUUUGAAACUUGUGAUAAAUCCGACGUGUUAUACAAACAUAGUGAAGACUGGCUAAAGCACAUGCGUCAGCAUAAACUGCGGUGGCGCUGUACAGCAAAGGCCCAUGGUGUCCUUGUGUUUGCCGACCGAAAUGAAUAUGAACAGCAUAUGAACACGACACACAAAAGCGCCAGAUCUCAACUCUCGGUGAUAGCGGCGCUCUGCAGUCGAUCGGCUGGCCCUGUCUUUGAAUCAUGUCCUUUAUGUGGAGAAUCUGACUCUAAUGGUCAGCUGGAGGAUCAUGUCGCUACCCAUCUGAGAUAUCUCGCAUUUAAGUCACUUCAAUUCCCGGAAGAUCCACCGGAUAACCAAUAUUCUGACGGAGACGUGUCUGAUUCUGAUGCAUCAAGUGGGCGAAGGUUAAGCACUCUUCUGGUGGAUUCCGAGGAUAGCUCACUCAGUUUCGAUUCAACCCCGGAACGCAUCAAUCAGAUGUACAAUUUUUCAGUGGAAAUUGAUGGUCCAUCUGGAGAUUCAGAGAAUGGUAAGCCAGCAGACCUUUCCUGUCACCGGGGAUCCCACUCAAGCCCUUCUCCAUCGGUUGAAUUUGAAAACAAGGCAAAUAUUUCACCGCGGAGGAGCCCUAUAAGGACUUAUGGACAUGACCCCUAG